AUGACUUUAAUGGAAGAAGACCCAAUGCAAUCAAAUGCUGCUGAGCAGCAUUCACCCAUACAGAACAUCUGGACAUCUGAACCCAUGAUUGUUGAAAAUGAUGGGGUAGGCGAGAUAUCAAUGACUACCUUGAUGACGGCUGAUGUAGGCAGUGAAUCUUCAGACGCACUGCCUGAGAACGGAGAGCCUCCUUCCCGAACAGAAUUCUCUCUACCGCCAGUAGAUAAGGGCAUUAAUGCUAUCUUAAUUUUGAUUUGCGGCUUUUUUGUGGAAGGUUGUACAUAUGGCUUGCCGCUUUCUUAUUCUAUUUUCCAAAAUUAUUACUCCACACAACCCGAGUUUCAGGAUGCAGGCAUUACUUCUUUAGUAUCAGUAGGUGCCUUAUGGAGUGGUUUGACGCUUAUGGGAGCUGGUCUUGUAGCGGCAUUGAGUGCGCGGUUCAGUCUAAAGACGCUCAUGUACGCGGGUUCGUUCAUUAUGGCCUCUGGGCUAAUCGGGGCGUCUUUUGCCACCAAUGUUUGGCAUUUGAUACUAACGCAGGGCGUUGUUCUUGGAAUUGGGUCUAGCUUUGUAUCGAACGCAUUCAUGCCUUUUGUGCCCAUGUGGUGGUUCAAGUAUAGAGGCAUUGCCACUGGGAUUAUCUUCUCCGGCGCAGGUCUGAUGGGGUUGGUGACUCCUAUCGCCAUUGAGAGAUCACUAGCCGCGGUGGGCUUCCGAUGGACCCUACGAAUUUUAAGUCUGUUCACACUUGUGCUGUGCUUAAGCUCAAGCUACGCUGUGCGAACUCGCUACCUGCCUGAUGCAUCUGGGACUAUGCGCGUAUCGUUCACAGGCAAAGACUUUCGCUUCUUGACCAGCCGCAAAUUUAUUAUUCUAGGUGCAUGCGUACUGUUUCAAGGCCUUGGCUAUUUCAUUCCCAACUUGUUCAUACAACCUUAUGCCUUAUCUGUGGGUGUGCCUGUACAGACUUCGACAACGCUGGUUUCAGUCAUGAACGCCAUGACAGUUGUGGGUCAAUUGAUGCUUGGACAUGUAUGUGAUCGAUAUGGUUACUGGAAAGCGUUGGUCAUUUCUUCAACAACGGCUUCUCUGAGUACAUUAGUUCUCUGGCGAAUGGCAGGUUCCUCGCUUACCACGAUAUUUGUCUAUGUUAUCAUUUAUGCUGGCUUUGGGGCCGGAUUUACCACCUGUUUCCCAGGUAUGGUUGCAGAUAUUGCUGACGAUCCAAAUCAAUUUGUAUUAAUAAGUGGUAAGAAAAGACGCAGUGGAGCAUUCAUGUGUGGCUGCGUACUCAUUGUUUCCCUAGGCGCUUUUAUGAUGCUGCGAGGCACUGGCAACAUUGUCGGGAAUCCGCUGGGAUCCAUUUUUCUGACCACAUCUUCAAGUGUUCAAGCCGGUUGGAACGAGAUUACGUAUUUUGUCGGCGGCUUUCUGCUGUUGAGUGCUGUAUUUGGCGGCAUUCGAGGUAUCAUGUCCAUUCAAUCCCGUGUGUGA